AUCAUGUGUUAUGAUCCUCAGGCCGCACAACGUCUCCACUCCGCCGCCCGUGUAUUCCGCCGCGCCAUGGCUGCGCGGCUCCUGUGACGGCUGUGUGGAGCUCAGUGCCACGUACUUUCCGGGUUUUCGUGCGGAACAAGGACGAUUAUGCCCUCAAAAUGACCAACGAGAGGCCUAUAACAUCCCGGUUGUUCACCACGUCGGUUAUUGAGGGCCGGGUCGAGUUAGACGAGAAAUACGACAAAGCCUACAACAGCGUGAUCAGCCUUACUCGAGGCUUGAGUGAAGAGGAGUCUCAUCAUGCACUAAACAAAGCCUUAGAUGACCGCAAGGUCCAUGAUGAGCUUUGCCUGGGCCUGUUAGUUAGCAUUUUGGCCGACUCUUCCAUAGCCUCUAGGCAUUACCAUGAUCUGACCCUUGUGUCCCGUGACUCACUGAAGGUAGUGACCGAGACACUCAUACACCAGAUUAUUGGUGAGCGGUUCUCCCGGUUGUCAGAAAGCACAAGAAGACAGCUGCUGUGGUUGGUGCGGGAGCUGGUCAAGACAGGAAUUAACAAUGUGGAGGGAGUGGUGUGGUGCCUUCUCAGGCAGAUUGCUGGUGGAGAUGUGUCGGCGAAGAAUGUGUGGUUGGCUGAAAGUUUAGUAGAUAUACUAAGAGAAAAUAGACCUUGGCUGGACAAGUUUCCUGUGAUUGUUGCAUCAGUAACAUACACAUACCUACGCAUCCUGGAGGACCACAGUGGCCCACAGUUCGCAGGACUCAGACAAAAAGAAGUCACCUUUGUUGUGGGUCUCUUGAGAGAACGAUUUCAGGACUGCCUGAUGAUUGGGAGAGACCUGGUGCGGCUUCUUCAAAAUAUCGCUAAGAUCCAGGAGAUUGAGGCCUUCUGGAGAGACCUGAUUCACAAUCCCACCUCUUUGUGUCCUGGCUUUACAGGAAUCCUUCAACUUCUUCAAACACGAACUUCACGGAGAUUUUUUGUAGUAAGAUUAACUCCAGAAAUGGAGAAGAAGAUUGUGUUCCUAUGUACAGAUGUAAAGUUUGGUAUGCAAAAGAGGUAUCAAGAAUGGUUCCAAAGACAGUACCUGAACACACCUGAGAGCCAAACACUGCGCUGUGACCUCAUCCGGUUCAUAAUUGGCUGCAUCCACCCUUCCAAUGAGGUCCUCUGCUCAGACAUAAUUCCACGAUGGGCUGUGAUUGGCUGGCUUCUUUCCUCCUGCACAUCACCAGUUGCUACAGCCAACUCUAAGCUGGCUCUUUUCUAUGACUGGCUCCUUUACAACACAGAAACAGAUAACAUCAUGAAUAUUGAGCCUGGCAUUCUGGUGAUGUACCACUCCAUGCGGCCACACCCAGUACUCACCACAUCACUGCUGGACUUCAUAUGCAGAAUAAUUCCCAACUUCCAUCCACCUUUGGCCGACAAAAUACGAGCAGGAGUGCACAAUUCCCUAAGACAGAUUCUUGAGAAGCGAGUGGUACAGUCCUUGGAACCUCUUUUUGAUAACCGUCAUAUGGAUGUGGAAUUGAGAAAGCUCAUUCGUGAAACAUUCCCUGAAUUUUGUGCAAACUCUGUCAUGGGAGAAGUGAAACAUGAUGACUUUGUGGCCCCUGUGUCCUCCCAGUCAGUCACCACCAUGGACCUCCUGGCAGAAACUGGCCUGGACUUCGGCGCAUCUGCAGUGAACAGUGACAGUGAAGUGAACAAUAGUAAUCAUAUUGGCGGCAUGGAGGAGGCCAUGUUUAGUGAAGACGAGGAGGAGCCACCAGCCCAAAAGCCACCUCCUCCACCUGUUGCUAAGAUCAAAGUGGAGGAAAAUCCAGUGACACCCCCAUCACCUGUGGCAGAAAUGGAGGAUGUGAAACCCAAAGUGAAUGAUGUAAACAGUGUCGAGGAAAAGGUGGACCUCAGUAAACACUUAGAAUACUUGGAAAAUGACAUGAAGACAAUUAUACUUGACUUGCAAAAUGAAAAGGAUACAAAACAGAGGUGUGAUCUGCUGCAAAAGCUGUGUGACUUGAUAUUCAGUGAUGACUUGGACCAGAUGGAGACAGUCAACCUGGCAUACUGUCUCUGUCAUCUCUUGUCUGAUGAACUGACUCCUGGAACCUCCCUCUUGCCUCAGGAUAUUUCAGCUGAAAGCAUUCAAGAAAGUUUGGGUAACCCUUUGUAUGUUAUCUUUGACAACCUCAUCACACUGCCUGAGGACGAUCACCGUCGCCAGCCCAUACUUCAGUUAUUGGUAGAGAUGCACAAGACAACUUACCAAGUGGGCUACCAUUUUCUCUACUUUCUGAAAGCCUCCAACAUCAAGUCAGAUAAAGUUCAGGAAAAUAAUGAAAGUUCCAUAUCAACAUACAGGGACUUGUGUAAAGCUGCUGGACUUAAAGAUUUCGCAGCAUUUGUGAUAAGGGACUUACGGUUCUUGGGUGAAGAUGAUCCCAGAGUGUUGAGUUGGAUCAUUCCUGAUAUAUACAACAACUUCUCAAAACAGACGAGGGGCAAUGCCGAGUUAUUGCAGUUGGUGUUGGAGCGCUUAGACUCCUCCCAACUACAUGACUUGGUGUGCAUGGUGCUUCAAGGGUCCUUACAAAUGUUUGACAACAGCUCAUUUGCAUCUAUAUUAGAAAAGAGCUUGCAGUGGGAAACUGUAGAGCAGUUGUUUCUCUGGCAACUAGCAAAAGCCCAUGAAAUUCCUGUGGACUGCUGCCUGUCUGUGAUGCCAAAGCUCAAGUUUACCUCACACUCUGCAUUGGUGUCAAAUACACAUGGAGAAGCACUUUCAAAUAUCCUCAUGAUGCUGCGGAGAGAAUCACCCACUGGGAUUCUUUUACGAACACUCUUACUUCGGGAGUUCAGAAUGGAGGACCCUACUGUAGUGACCAUCCUGCAGUACUGGGUCCAGCGGUACGAGGACAAGAUGGCCAACCUCAUCAAUGAAGUGGUCAACAACAAGCCACAGCCCUCACCAAACAAACGCAAACGGAACCAAAGUACAAAAGCCAGUGCAGUGCCAUUGGACCAAGUCUUGUCACACUUGAACCACUUGAGGACAGCUUGUGGCCAAACGACAUUUUUUGCACUAGAAACCAUGCAGGACAUUUUGCAAACAGCCCAAAAUCAGUGUAGUGAGACGCAAAAGAAAAAAUAUGGUGACCUUUUUGCACUUAUUGAGGAGGAGGAAGAGGAGGAACCAGCACCAGAACCUCAGAGAAAACCCAAGCCCAGUCGAGGUAGGAAACCCAAAGGACGAAAAAAGCAAGAAUCAGAAAGUGAAGAGGAAAGCAGUGAGAAGGAGGUGAAGAGGGUGCAAAAGGAACAUCAGGGAAAGAAGAGAGCAUGAGAGCAGAGGAUGGCAGGAUGUUGAUUGAGAAGGAUGCAGCAAGAGGAAGACGUCAAGAAGCCAUCCAGAAAACGAAAAAAAAACAACCAAGUGGGCUCUGACAGUGACUAGCUGUGGCUGUUAAUCUAACCCAAGUAGAUGUUGUCAAAGAAAAUCUUGAACAUUUCAAGAGGCACAGCCAAGAUGGUGCACAACAGUUGUCUCCAGGUACUUGUUAAGCCACUGAUACUGGCUGAGAUAUUGUGGCUUGAUGGAAGUGUCAGUGCUUCUGGUAAGGCUGAACUGAUGAGUUGUGGUGAAGUCAGUCUUGACUUGCAAGGCCACAGUCAGUAGUAUCAGUCACAAGUAUUACCCAUGCAUGGCAUUGGUACUGACCAUGGCAGGACCAUUUUGUACUAUCAUGGACAGUGACUGUAUCCAUAUAGUGCAUCGCUGUUCCUGGCUCAAAUCACUGUUGUACUGGUAGUCACUGGUGAUGUCAGUCAUUGGUACUGGGAUCAGUCACUGGAGCACUGAUACUUGCUGCAGCAACAGCUGAGGGCAGUGUGGAAGACAGCCUCCGGGAACAAAACCCAGCACUCUUCAUCUGUGAUGUGAUAUAGCGGUAGCCUUAAUUUUUUUGUAUUUUCCCCUCCCCCUUUUUUUAUGCAUUCUUUAAGGGGAUGCAUUCAUUUAAUUGUGGGGAGACAUACUUGUCUUCACCAGUGUUGAUUUUUUUCCCACCCAGUAAUUGAGCUGUGGACUCGAAAAAACUUUCCUCAGGCAAAGUAGACAGAUAAUUUGGAUAUUGUUAAACAAUUUCCUUGAAAUAUUAAAUAACAGUUUUUGAGACAGAAUCAGCAUGUGUGAUGAAUGUCUGCUGCUUUGUUGGCAAAAGUGAGUCAAGUCUUGUGAUGAAGGGGAAAACUAUAUUAAGGAACUUGCAUAUCAAGAGAUGAAAACUGUUGAAAAAACUGUAAUACCUCCCAGCCAAAGAUUUUACUAGCAGUAUAUCUGACCACUGAGAAGUAAUCAGUGUGUGUCUCCCCCUUGAAGUAUAUAUUUUAAAUUUUCAUGUGUUAAAAAGAACAAUUUGUUCUCUGUAAUUGGAAAAUCUUCCAGAAAUAUUGUUGAAACACAUUUCUCUUCAAGGGAAACAUGCAGGAAGUCCUCAUUUACUUACUUGUCACUACCACUGGGCCCAGUCAUAAGUUGCCUCUACAAUUUGAUUGGCUCAAUUUUUAAUCAAAUAUAUUUUUAAUCAAUCCAUGUAAUAAUAUUUUGCUGUGUACCAAGAUGCAGUGCAUUCAGGAAAUUCAAUAAACUGAGUUGGGUCAUAGCAUACAAAAUUAUGCAGUUCUGAGCAUUAUAUGAAUUGUAAGUUUGAUAGGUUAUCUUCAAGGUUGCUCAAGUGUCAGGUAUGAGUAGCAUUCAUAGUGUAAUGCUUUAAUACAGAACAAACUUACAUUAUUUUUAUCAGAAUGGUAUCCAUAAUUAUGUUAUCUGUUCCAAAAAAAAAUUCUUGAAAAUUAAUGAGACACAGAUGACUCAACAGAUGAGAUAAGCAGAGGAAGCUAGAGAGUAAUGGCUUGUGUGGCAGAAUACUUCACCCUCAUCCACCCAAGCACUGCAUUAUUGCUUUUUAGCUUCCUCCUGACUUAUUUCAGGGAAAUGUUCACAUGUCAUGUAUCAUCUGUUUUGAGAUACCCAGACAAUUACACUGAAAACAAUACCAUAGUGCCAUUGCAAUGUCCACCUGUUUCUUUUUCUAAACUAAAUCUCAACAGGAUGGAUCUAUAUAUCUUCAUGAGCAAUUUUAGGAAGCUUUUUCAUGUUUUGUAAUAUAGGAAGUGACUGAAUUUUCACAUAUCUUUUUUUAUUUCUGAAUAGAGAAUUCAAUUGAAUGUCACCAGUGGAAAAAAAAUUGAGAAAAUUAUUUAUCCAUUCCAGUCACUGCUUGAACAUUUAGAGCACAAAUAUUUAUAAAAUAUAGAUAACACAAGCAACCCAGAGUAAUUUCACGAAUGAAAGUGCAAGAACUAGAAUGAAGAAUGAAGACGUGUAGACAAUGCCUUACUGCUGUCUGUUUAUACAACAAACACUCUAUUCUUUGUUAAGAUAGCCAAACUUCAACCAGUUUUAGAUGUGCUAAAACAGAUUUAUAUAAGAUUAUUAAUAAAAUUUUUUAAAAAUUA